AUGAAAUUCUGCAAACUCAACUCAGUAGUAUCUCAAGCAGGGCUUGAGUAUGUGAGAGAGAAACUACAGAUUGAGCUUCUCAGAGUCACUGUUUCUGAAAUCAAGCUCUUUUCAGGUUUCUCUCUGAAUGAUCACACAGGGUCAUACAUCACUGUGUUGAUUGAGAGAGGGAACAGCAUCACAAUAGCAGCAGAGAGGGCAGAGAAAGAACUGAACACAGACAAACUGACUAGUAGAAGAGAUGACACCUCACUGCAAGGCAUAGUGACUACUGCUGUGACUGCAAGAGAAGUAGAAGAAGAAGAAGAAGAUAUGAAAAUGAGAGCAGUGCUUCUGCAGCUCAGUGACACUGCUGUCUUCAUCUUUAACUGA